UCUACCUCAUUCUCGGCCAAGAGACAUCCAGCAAGAGCAAGAAAUCCAUCAUCCUUCAUUCUCCAUUGUUGAAGAGAGCUCAACAAGAAGGAAUCCCAAGAAAAGGGGCUAGGGUGCUAAAAAUGUGAAAAGAUUAAGGAACUUGUAAAGGGUAUUUCAAGUGAUUUCACAAAGUUGGAAAAGUCGCCGGAGUUGCCGCCGGAGUUGACCGAAAGUCGCCGGAGUUUCACCGGAGUUCAACCAAGAAGGGUAGAACUUCAUAACGCUAGUUCAAGGUUGAAGCUAGGGCUUGCUACUUGCACCUUCUCACGGGUGAUAUCAAAUCAGGGAGACGUGAAAUGGAGGGCAGGCGAAUGGCAACCAGGAACAAUCCGAGAGGGCGGGCGCCGGUAGCGUCCCAAAGGGGAAGCCGGGCUGCAUCUCGGGGUUCAAGAGGAGGCCGUGGAGGCCGUGGAAGCCGUGGAGGUCAUCAAGCUCAAACUGUGAGUGAUGGCCAUGUAAGCUCGGUGUAUGAAACCAACACCGAGGACUAUGACUCAACCUACGUUCCAGAAACGGAGCAUGAGGAGACCCCGUAUGAUGGGGGGGAUACAUACACCGAUGAUGACGAUGAGAGUGAUGCCCGGUUCGCCCAAAUGGGUGAAUUACUUGAGUGGUAUCAAAAAGAGAAACUGAGGAGAGACCUUAGGCGCCAAGCGAGGCGUGGCUCUCGGGGGGGUUCGGGUCAAGGAAGCCGGGGAGCUUCCGUGGCCACCCCAGCGGCGUCACAAGGUGGGCGUGAAGGAGGUUUUGUUGUGAGAAUCUCCAAGUACCUCAAGGAGGCUAGGGCCUUGGGGUGUAGGUCCUUUGACGGCACCGGUGACAUUACCGUUGCCGCCGAUUGGAUUAAGAAGGUGAAGGAUGCAUCAAGGGACAUGCAAAUCACACCGGACGUGAAGUUGACUGUCGCUUCACGGCUACUUGAAGGGAUAGCUUCUACGUGGUGGGAGAGCGUGGAAGGGAAGUACCAUGGGGAAAUAACAUGGGCGGACUUUGAGCUAGAGUUCUAUGCUCAAUACUACUCCGAGUACGAGGUGAAUGUGAAACGGAGAGAGUACACUAACCUUAAACAGAAAGAGGGCGGCACAGUUAAGCAGCUGGAACAAGAGUUUAGAACCUUGGCUAGGUUCUUACCAGAGUACGCGGUUGAUGAGAACCGUAUGACGGAGCACUUUUGGGAUGCCUUACUCUUGGACAUUCGUGAUCGGGCUACGUACUCGCGCCACAUGACCUUUAGCGAGGUGGUGGAGCAGGGCCUUCUUGGGGAGGCCCAAUGGAAUGAAAGAAAAGAGAGGGACGCCGAAGAGGCGAAAAAGAGGAAAUGGCAUGGUUCGGGGCCGCCCGAGCAGGCACGGAGGGAUAAACACGGCGGAGGUGGGGGUUCGUUCAAAACACCGGCACCACCGGCAAAGAAGAACAGGGAUGCUCGGUGGCAUGCAUCCUCCUCUCAAAAGACGGGGCCCCCUAGGUGUGCCAAUUGUUCGAAAAAUCACUUUGGGAAAUGCAACGCACCCCCGAGGUGUUAUCAAUGUGGGAACACGGGCCACAUGAAGGCCAAUUGCCCACAACUAGGAGGAGGAGGAGCUCCGGGAUCCGGAGGAGGAACCACGACGGGAAGGAACCGUGCGGGGCCGUCAAACGGCGGCACGGGGAGAGGCGGCGCAUCAACGAGCCAUGCCGCGUCCGUCAACCAAGGCGGGGCCCAAGCACGAGUAUAUGCUAUGACCGAGGCCGAUGCUCGGGCUAACCCCGACUCCGUCGCAGGUUGAAGCUAGGGCUUGCUACUUGCACCUUCUCACGGGUGAUAUCAAAUCAGGGAGACGUGGUUCGUGCUUCCUUAUUUUCUUUCAAACUACCGAACACUUGCUCAUGGAUAUUUGUUCUACUAUAAACUAUUUUUGGGGCUUGCAUGCCCAUGUUGUUGGCCGGUUGUGGCUUAUGACUUACCGUUGAAUAUUUCCGCUAUUCAUUGGUUUAAAUGUGAUGUUGUUAUGUAUGUUUACU